GGGGACAUGACCCAGCAGAGCGCUUCUCCGAGCCCGGGGGCGGGAGCUGCCCUGAACGGAUCUGUGCUGGCCGAGGCGGUGGUAGUGUUCGCCAUGGUACUGAGCAUUCACGCGACAGUGUGGGACCGAUACUCUUGGUGCGCUGUGGCCCUCGCGGUGCAGGCCUUCUACGUCCAGUAUAAGUGGGACCGGCUGCUCCAGCAGGGAAAUGCUGUCUUCCAGUUCCGAAUGUCUGGCAACAGUGGAUUACUACCUGCCUCCAUGGUGAUGCCUCUGCUCGGACUGGUAAUAAAGGAGCGCUGCCAGGCUGCGGGGAACCCACACUUUGAACGCUUUGGCAUUGUGGUGGCAGCCACUGGGAUGGCCGUGGCCCUCUUCUCAUCAGUGUUAGCGCUGGGUAUUACCCGCCCAUUGCCCACUAACACUUGUGUCAUCUCGGGCUUGGCUGGAGGUGUCAUCAUUUACAUCAUGAAGCACUCUCUGAGCGUAGGUGAGGUGGUGGAGGUCCUGGAGGUCCUGCUGAUCUUCGUGUAUCUCAACAUGAUCCUGCUGUACCUGCUUCCCCGCUGCUUUACUCCUGGAGAGGCACUGCUGGUCUUAGGUGGCAUCAGCUUCGUCCUCAACCAGCUCAUCAAGUGUUCUCUCAUUGUGGUGGAAAGCCAAGGAGACCCAGUGGACUCCCUCCUACUGGUGGUGGUGGUAUCAAUGAUACUCAUGGGUGUCUUCUUCAGCACCCUCUUUGUCUUCAUGGAUUCCAGCACCUGGGCCUCCUCCAUCUUCUUCCACCUGAUGACCUGUGUGCUGGCCCUUGGCUUGGUCCUGCCCUGGCUUCACCGGCUUAUCCGCAGAAACCCCCUGCUCUGGCUCCUUCAGUUCCUCUUCCAGACGGACACUCGCAUCUACCUCCUAGCCUACUGGUCUCUGCUGGCCACUUUGGCCUGCCUUGUGGUGUUUUACCAGAAUGCCAAGCGGUCAUCUUCUGAAUCCAAGAAGCACCAGGCUCCCACCAUCACCCGGAAGUAUUUCCACUUCAUUGUAGUAGCCACAUAUAUCCCAGGUCUCCUCUUCGACCGUCCACUGCUGUUUGUAGCCGCCACCAUAUGUCUGGCAGUCUUCAUCUUCCUGGAGUAUGUGCGCUACUUUCGCAUCAAGCCCCUGGGCCACACUCUACGGAACCUUCUAUCCCUCUUCUUGGAUGAACGAGACAGUGGACCACUCAUCCUGACCCAUAUCUACCUGCUCUUAGGCAUGUCUCUUCCCAUUUGGCUGGUCCCCAGACCCUGUACGCAGAAGGGUAGCCUCAGAGGAGCGAGGGCCCUAGUCCCUUAUGCUGGUGUCUUGGCUGUUGGUGUAGGUGAUACUGUGGCCUCUGUCUUUGGGAGCACCAUGGGGGAGAUCCACUGGCCUGGAACUAAGAAAACUUUUGAGGGGACUAUGAUGUCUAUAUUUGCCCAAAUCAUUUCUGUAGCUCUGAUCUUAAUCUUUGAUGGUGGAGUGGACCUAAAUUAUAGUUAUGCUUGGAUUUUGGGAUCUAUCAGUACUGUAGCCCUCUUAGAAGCAUACACAACACAGAUAGACAAUCUCCUUUUGCCUCUCUACCUCCUGAUAUUGCUCAUGGUCUAG